GCCUGGUCGGUCUUUGUCGGCAAAGUAGAAACCGCUGUUGUAAUGUGGGUGCUUGUGAGGCUGCAUCUGAAUUACAAUUACUACAGUCCCGAGGGUGCCACGCAGCGAAGUAGCGACAUUUCUACUGAAGAUGGCAUCGGAAACGAAUACAGAAAAAACAGGGACGAGACAGUUUUUACUUUUCGCUUUGAGUAAAGAACGAAAACCUAUUUUGAAUCAGUACCAACUCUGUAAUGUGAAGAAUUUUCAUACGGAAGAACUUCCAAAAAGUUUGUUACGAAAUCAAAAUCAUUUUUUAUCGCCACGAAGGAGAAGAGGAACGCAAGAUGUGGAUGUCCCGUUUUUGUGUCGUGCUUGUCCUGGUUUUUCGCCUUGUUUUUGCCUCCCGUAGCACCAACUCGUCGCCGAGCCCCGCCGACGAGCUGCUAGAGGAGUUACGGUCGUAUCCACGUGCUAUCGAGAUCGAAGAUAGAAGCGAUGACACGCAUCGGCCAUUGGGCGAUAUUGAUGCAGACGUGGAGUCUCAAGCUCAACGGACCGUCCACCUGCAGGGUGCACCCGCGGAAAUGAAUCGAGACCUCACCGCCCUCUAUAGGUGCGGAACACGAUUGUUCAACCGCUGCCUGCGGGGCGGCAGAGGUCAGCAGACUGGCUUCAGCUGGGAGAACGGCUACAUGCGGACGCUGUGGACGCUCUUGGGCCGGACGGUAUCGAAUUCUCAGGGAACAAACGACCGCUCCAGACUCGUCGCGGAAAUAAAACAACUCCGAGAGCAUGUAAAGAGAGAAAAUGCAGCAGUGAAGAAAGAGCUGGACGAGCAAAAGGAUAUGAGGGGCUAUGAUAAUCUUGUGACCCGUGGAAGGUUGGAAGUGAAGGUCAGGCGUCUGAAUCAGUUAUGGCACUUUCUAUGGUGCGAUAUGGUGAAGCAGAUCGAGAACGGAUCGCGAUUGCCGUGAAGUCGCAAGUCAAGCCUUUGGUGAAGUGGCAAUUCUUAUCAGCAUCCUUUUUCGGGGCCGUCUAUAUCUAACUGGGUGACACUGGCAGAACCGUUGAGUUAAGUACUUACAAGACGAGUACUCCAUCCACCUGGGACAUAAUUUUGUGAUGAAGUAGGGUGGCACCAGGAGAGCAGUCACUUAACUUUUUGUUUCUCUGACAUGGCGGAGGUGCGUCGUGACAACACUUCAGAGGUGCGACAAAGAGAACGUGGAGUAAUAUCUAGGUCCACGCGCACUUGGUAGUAUCUUUCAUGUAUGAUUUUUCAUGUUUCCGCAGUAUGUAACCCUCGUGCUGAGACGCGGGCAGCAUUUUCUACCACAAUUAAGACUUUCGACACGAGUAAGCACAUCUAACAGCAUGGUAAAUGUCGGAAUUACUUGUACGGACAUCAAGCCCUGUCGUGUGGGUAUGGAGCAAGUGCUAGCGCAACAAAGCAAGUUUGUAGCUCCCUUUGCUUCAUGUUAAGGGCACGUACUUAUUUGCGUAGAUGCCGAACUGCUCUGCAACAGAGUUCCUCAGCGAAACAAAUGACCAUGAGUGGCAUAAAAAUGAAGUUCC